AUGCCUGUGGGAGUCUUUCGAGUGUGCCUAGUGGUGAUUACAGCUAUCAUCAACCAUCCGCUCCUCUUCCCUAAAGAGAAUGGCACUGUCCCCGAGAACAUGGAAGAAAUAAUCCAGAAGAUGAAGGAGCGGGAGGAGAGCCUUCGGCUGGAGCAGUUGCGCUUGGAGCAGGAAAUCGCAGAUCAGGAAGCCACACAGAAGGCUCUGGAAAAGGCUGCAGAGGUAGUGGAGGAAAGUAAAGAGGAAAGGGUCCGAUGGGAUAUGUGGACUGCCCUUUCCAUGGUCAUCUUCCUAAAACAGGAUUUCCAGGAAGGGAAUUGGCAGGACACAGGAGGAGAAGAGGAUGACAUGGCUGUCCUGGGGAAAGCGUUUAAAGGAGUGGCCUUCCCUGACAAGGCUGUCUUGGCUAGCUUCUAUGAAAAGCGCAUCCUGGGUACCACCGGAGACAUGGCCAGGAUGCGGGAGCUGGUGGAAGGCUUUGCAGAUGACCUGCUGGAGGCCUUGAGGAGUGUUUGUAACCGGGAUGCUGACAUGGAAGUGGAAGACUGCAUGGGUGUGGGGAGCAUGUAUGAGAACUGGAGAGUGCGUAAACCUUUUGUCUGUGAUCUGAUAGUGCCUUUUGCCCCUCCUGAGCCAUACUGUUUUCGGUCCCAGGUCUGGUGCUCUGGUGACCCUUUUCCCCCAGAUGAACAAGGUUAUGGCACUGUCAAGGUAUGUAGGGCAGGUGAGGAUGUCACAGGUUGCAUCUGUGACAAGACUAAACUAGGGGAAGAUAUGCUGUGCCUCCUCCAUAGCCAAGUCAAUACUACCAGGCCCAGCAGUGAGAUGGAAGACCUCCUGUGCUUCAAAAAUACUCAAUAUCUGGAUGCCAACCAAGUCAUGAAGUGGUUUCAGAUUGCGGUCACCAAGGCCUGGAACAGAAUCUCCCACAAGUAUGAAUUUGACCUUUCCUUCAGCCUCCUGGACUCACCAGGAGCCCUGAAGAUAAAAUUUAGAUCAGGGAAAUCGAUUGCCUUCAACCUCACCCCUGUGGUGCAGUACGAGAACUCUGAUGUUUACUUCAUCUCUCAUUUCCCUCGGAGUGGCCUGGCAGCAGACCUCCCCUCCAGCACUCACUGGUUUCUCACUUUCGCAGUGUAUGAGAGGAGGUUCAUCCAGCUCAUCUCCAAAACGCUGCCUGCUAAUGCCUGCCAUGUCAGCUGCCUUCAGAUCCUCUCCUUCCUCCACGGGAAGCAGUGCAGCCUCACAGGUCCAAGCGGGCUUACCAACUACCACCUGAAGACAGUAAUGCUGCAUUUUCUGCAGGCACGUCCCAGUCAGGACUGGGCCCCAGAGAAGUUGGAGGCCCGUCUACAGGACAUGCUGAAAUUCCUGGAGAAAUGUUUGCAUGAGAAGAAGCUCUACCACUUCUUCAUCGGCAAUAGGAAGGUACCAGCAGAGCUGGGCUUCCCCAUCAUAUUCCAGAGGGCUGAGCCUCUCAACCUUUUCCGUCCUUUUGUGCUACACAGGGAUGUUUACAGGAAGACGGUGGACACAUUCCACGAGAUGCUCAGGAACACGUCUGCACUGAUAAAUGAGUACACGGUGCACAUUCCCCUUGCACACACCAAUGGGAUCCAUAAGCAAUCCCUUUAA